GCCUGUAGGCUCGCCGACGGUGGAAAGAUUUUUGUGAGUGCUGCGAAAAAAAAUCGUAACAAAACUUAAAACAUUGUGUGAGAAAAAUUGUACUGUUUUGUAAGUGUUAUUGGAUGAAUAAAGAAUUGAAUGGAUUUACCUCAAAAUUCUGCCGAAGUGGAUGUUUGUAAAUACAGAGUCAAUCAGUAUUGGGGUGAGCCUCAUCCCUUACGCAUACAACCACUACUUCGAUAGCUCUCGAUUCGAAGCGGACCAGUGAACCCGAUGCGACCGUAGUUACACGAAGUGAGCGAAAAUGUCGCACCACCUAGUUACAGUGUGCAUGUUCUGUCUGCUGUGCGCGGCGCACACCUGCGGCUCGCACGUCAGCAUAGACAACGACCUGCGCGCCGUCGACACCACCAAGCAGCUGGAGUAUGCGACAUUCCACCUCGAUAAGCGGAAAAUAGAGUCCAAAAUACGAUACCACCAGAAGCUCCAGAAGAUCCGGAGCAAGAGGGAGGUGAAGAAUGUCAACCCCGGCGCGUACGUGGAGCAGAUAUUCGGCAUGUAUGGCGACGCUACCACGAUGACAAUGAACCUCACUGGUUUCAAGAGAAUGCUAGAGGGUUUAGAGCUGAAUACCCUAAUCGAAGGAGGGGUUCAGAGGACUGAGACGAAGAAGUAUAUUUACCCCCCGAGUGGUGCUAAGGACGAGGAGGUAGUUAAUUGUGUGAGCAGCGAGGAACUAAUCACAACGGUCAACACGAGAUUAAAACCGCACGACCAUGACCACGACCACGAGGAUCACAGCGCGAGCGAUCACGAGGCGGAGAAUCAAAUCUCGGAGGACACCCUCAAGGCUAUAUGCCCGAUAUUAUUAUAUCAGAAGCUAGCCAACACCUCCAUAGAGAGGGGCGGAUGUCUCAAAGAAAUGUCGAAUACUCUAACGAGUCGGACGGAUAAAAAGCAAAAUGCAUACUCGAAGAGUAUGUUUUCGGUGUGGUUGUACUCCUCCCUGAGUAUAACGGCGAUCAGCGCGUGCGGGCUGCUGGGGGUCGCGGUGAUACCCAUCAUGGACAAGACGUAUUACAAUCACAUGCUGCAGUUCCUGGUCGCGUUGGCCGUGGGGACGCUGUCGGGAGACGCACUCCUGCACCUGAUGCCGCACGCCAUGAGCCCCAUAGAGCACGACCACGACCACGAGAACGCGCUGGAGACGAGGGCGUCCCACGACGACGGCAUGUGGAAGGGCCUGGCGGCGAUGUUCGGCGUUGUCUUCUUCUACUUCACAGAGAAGGGCCUGACAGUCGUCGCCGAGUGGAGACGGAAGAGACAGAAGAUGGAGGACGAUAAACUCCCGUCCCGCGUGCGAGUAUUAAAAGACGAGGCGGCCUGCUCCGGAGCAAAAUCGCCGACGUCGAACUCCUUCAUGAAACUCUUCAAACGCGACGAGAAGGGGGAUCCCACGACGAAGACGUGCAAGCACAAGUACUCGGAGUACCCGUACUGCUACGACGAGAUCGACACGGACACGCACGAUGACCACCACCUGCGCGACGGUAUACCGCCCAGCCCCAAAGACGGGAAGAAGCACAACAAUUCCGUGAGCGUCGUGUCCUCGAACGCUUUGAACGCGGAAGGAAAGGAAAACGAGCCCACGGCCAAGGAUUGGCUCCUCAAGUCCGAAACGCCGGCGGUUGUGGAGAUGAAUAACAUUAAGCGCAAAGAUGACGGCACGAAGGACGCCAAGGAUGGAGACAGUUACACCGUUAUAUUGAGGGAGCACUCGCGCGCGCACCACGGGCACUCGCACUCGCACGGGCACGUGCACGCGCCGCCCUCGUCCAUGAGCUCCGUCGCGUGGAUGGUCAUCAUGGGCGACGGACUGCACAACUUCGCCGACGGAAUGGCCAUCGGUGCGGCGUUUGCAUCAAACAUUGCGGGCGGAUUCUCGACUGCUAUUGCUGUACUGUGUCACGAGUUGCCGCACGAGUUGGGUGACUUCGCGGUGCUCCUCAAGGCGGGUAUGUCGGUCCGGCGCGCGGUGUACUACAACGCGCUGUCGUCGGUGCUGUGCCUGGCGGGCAUGGUGUGCGGCGUGCUCGCCGGCCACGCCCCCUCCGCGACGCGUUGGCUGUUCGCCGCCGCCGCCGGCAUGUUCCUCUACAUCGCGCUCGUUGAUAUGAUUCCGGAAUUGAGUUCGUCGCACAGCAACGAGGGUACGUUCUGCCAGUGCAUCUUGCAGCUGAUGGGGCUGGCCACCGGCAUCGGGAUCAUGCUGGUCAUCGCCCUCUACGAGCAAGACCUCAAGAACUUGUUCGGUUAAGUGUCAGUGACGAGUGCUUAGUGUUAAGUGAAGUGACAAAGUGAAGUAUAACUACACUAGGGGUCAUAUUGACCGAUGUAACGACAUAUAUGAAAUAAAAUGUGAUGUACUUAGGUAAAGCUCAAAUGAAUAUUUUCUUAGACUCGGUACUAUUGCUAUCUUAUAUUUCUACGGUAAGAUUUAAGUGUUGGCAGAGAAAGUAGUUGUGGCAUUUACAUGUACUUUUUGAUACCCUCGUGUACAAAAUUAUCUUUUUACAUAGAUACCAUGGACUUAUUUUGUCAUCUGAAAUGACAAUUCUUAAUAUCUGUCUGAAACAUAGUGUGUUUGGAAUUAGUAUUGUUUAAUUUAACCCAUCAAGCCCCAUUAGCUCACCGGUGAGCGAGACACAAUAGAUUUCCAAGAAUCCAUGAUCGAAGGAUUAAAUUAUGUGUAUUAUCUUGAAGUUAAAUCAUGUGACUACAACGAACAACCCAGCUGUUAUUGUGGUAUCUGCGUAAAGGGGUUUAAAACAAUGUCAAUUUUAUAAUAACUGUGUAUUCCCCAAAUGUACUUCGUUUACUCUUUCUCUGUUGCCUGUCUGUGAAUACUGAGAAUUAUUAUGUUCCUGCUUAAUUUUAAGCCUAUCGUACUAAUUAAUCCUUAAAUAUAUAGACAUACAAAUA